AUGUCGGAAGCGAGUGUGCAGGAACCAACAACGCACCCGUCGGGUUUAUCCUUGGACGAACGAGUGAACCUUUGCCUGUCCAUCGGCGAAGAGUGCAUCCAACCGGACGAGUUGAGACGUUUGCUGGAGAAAAAACCAAACCCGUGCGCGUACGAUGGGUUUGAACCGUCCGGGCGAAUGCACAUCGCGCAAGGGGUGAUGAAAUGCUUGAACGUGAACAAAUUGACCAAAUCGGGGGUAACGUUUAAGUUUUGGAUCGCGGAUUGGUUCGCACAAAUGAACAACAAAAUGGGCGGGGACAUUAAGAAGAUACAAAAAGUUGGGUUGUACAUGGUGGAGGUGUGGAAAGCGGUUGGGAUGGAUUUGAGUAAAGUGGAGUUUAUUUGGUCGAGCGAGGAGAUUAAUAGCCGAGCGCACGAGUAUUGGCCGUUGGUGUUGGACAUCGCGAGGAAGAAUUCGUUGGGGAGGAUUAUUCGGUGCUCGCAGAUCAUGGGACGGUCGGAGAGCGACGAUUUAGCGGCGAGUCAGAUAUUUUAUCCGGUGAUGCAAUGCGCGGACAUAUUUUUCUUAGGCGCGGAUAUUUGCCAGCUCGGGAUGGACCAGAGGAAAGUGAACAUGUUGGCGAGGGAGUAUUGCGACGAUAUCAAGAGGAAGAAUAAACCGAUCAUAUUGAGUCACAAGAUGUUAGCUGGUUUGAAGGAAGGACAGGAGAAGAUGAGUAAAAGCGAUCCGAACUCGGCGAUAUUUAUGGAAGACAGCGAAAAAGACGUGCAAUCGAAGAUUAAGAAAGCGUAUUGCCCUCCAGGCGUGGUCGAGAAGAAUCCGUGUUUGGAGUACAUCAAGUACGUGAUUUUUCCGUGGUGCGAGGAGUUUAAGUUGUACCGUAAAAGCGAAGAAGAGCCGGAGACGGGAAAAUUGGAGGUAUACGAGUCGUACGAACGGUUUGAGAAGGAGUACGUGGAGGAGAAGAUUCACCCCGGGGAUUUGAAACCGAGUUUAUCGAAACAUUUGAACGCGAUUUUACAACCGGUCAGAGAUCACUUCGAGAACGACGAAAACGCGAAGAACUUAUUGAAAACUAUCAAGGCGUACAAAGUGACGAAGUAA